AUGAAUGUUACAGAGACGUUGAAAGUAUCAAAACCAAAACCUUCCAGAAGAGCAAGACGAACACUUGUUUGCCUUCUAUGUAAAAAUAAGAAAUUGAAAUGUGAUAAAGGUAGACCUAGUUGCAAGAGGUGUAUAGAGUCUAAAAGAUUAUGUGUUUAUGAAAGCGAUGGUAAACCUUAUGAUAAUGCAAUUAGUCCCGAGGAUGAAACUAUUAAAUCAAAAAAUAUAAUUCGUGAUAAGUCUUCAAUAUCUUUCAUGACGGCUAAUAGUACCAACAGUUCUCCAGCAGAGGGGAAUCAAAAAAUUGCAACGGGUAAUAUAACACCUUCUGAUUAUAGAAAACCUUCAUAUAUUUCACACGAAAAUGAUGGUAUUGUUACUCAACCAAUCAUUACACCAAAUUCUUCUGCCCCAUCAGGAUUAGAUUCUGAUAUAACUUCUGAUAUAUAUAAUUUGAAAAAUAGCAACUGGAGUGGCAGUAGUAAUAGAGAGAGUCAUACCACGGCAAAUACUGGCGCAACAACAGUGUCUCCCAGAGAUGCUCUAUCCGACCAUAAAGGAGUCUCAGCUGGAUUAAUACAAACACCUUCUGAUUUAAAGAUGAAACCAGAAAGAAUUACUACUGUACCAAAUAUUAUGAUGGAUCUUUGGAAUCCAAGAGAUAUCCUAGUAUCAUAUGGAUCCACUACAUAUUACGAUUUACCUUAUGGGACCCACAGUGUUGCUCAAUCAGACCCAUAUUUGAGAGCUCUAUGUGCUUGUCUACAUGGGGAUACAAUAACCGAAUUGAGAGCCAGACUUACUUCAAUCUCAUCUAAUACGCCUGGUUUAAGUAGAAAUAUCGCGGUUAAUAUUCAAUCACCUCAAAGUGAUACAUCUAUUUUACUAGAUAACAAUCACUAUAAAUUAAAGGAUAAUUCAGAUGGCCCUGAAAGAGAAUUACACCCGUUGAAGUUUAUCGAAAAAGCCAUUGUCAAAUGGAUCGAGAAUUCAAAUGCUCAAGUUUCAAACCAGUUACCUCUAGAUUAUUUUAAUACAACAUAUACUAUCGAUGAUAGCAUGGAUCCCAAUCUAUUGUCGUCUUUACAAACUUUAGUACGAGAAAUUGAAUUGAUUUUAAUGGAUAAGCCUGUAAUCGAUGCGUUAUUAAGAAAAUUUUAUGAAGAAAUAUAUCCAUUUUAUCCCCUGUUUGAUAUUCGAAGUUUUGAAACUAAUUUAAUAUACAUACUAAUGAAUUCCAAUGGAAAAAGAUAUGAAUUCAACGUUUAUAAUAAUAACAUUAGAAAAAAGUUGGAGAUGCUUGUAUUGUUUUUACUUAUUUUGGCAAUUACUUUGAGAAGUCCAAAUUUGGAUGAUGAACAAUACCGUAUAGAUAAAAAUAAUGCAGACAAUUCUGCAAGACAAUUAUUAAUAUAUGCUCAGAAAUUAUUAUCUUUGCUUAAUGGAUUCAAAUUUACAAACGAAAAUAUUAUAUGUUGUUUAUUAUACCUUUUCAUUGCAUCAUUAUUGAACCCAGAAAAUAGGGAUGUUGAUGUAACACAUGACAGAAUUCUGACAUUGAAAUGUAUAGAAAAUUUAUCGAUGACAAUUGGACUUUUCAACGAUCCUUCGUUGUAUCCAAGAUACAUGAAUGAUCCUUCUAAAAAUGAAUCAUUUCAUGUUUUCAGACGGAAACUGUGGAUUGGACUUCAAUCAAUGAAGUUAGAAAUUCUUACCUCUAAUGGUGGGGCAAACUGUUUGGAUGUUCAAUAUUUAAAUACAUUUUUGGGAUCAACUCCAGAUUUGAUAUCAAAUUUAAGUUCUAGAUUAGAGACAUCCUCCGAAGUUGACAGAAGAAUAUUUUCUAUUCAAGAGGAUAAAUACCAUUUCCAUAUUUUAUUAUCUCGUUUGAUGACAUCUUGUACUACAAUUGGGCAACAACAAAAUUUACAAGAGAUUCUUGAUAACAUAAAAGUCGUGUUAGAUUUUAUGCACCAAAGAUUUCCAUUGCCAAGAUUAAACAAGAAGGCAGAUUUUAAAAAUAUCAUAGUGGAACCAAGUUGGAGGGGUGCAAGAGUUGAUGUUGGUAGUUUAGAGGCUAUUGAAAUCUUCCACGUCAAUAUCCUUGGUCUAUCGAGUGUUAUGAGUAUUUAUAACAAAUUAAUAUUCCAUUUCGAAAAAGAAUGCAUCAAUAGUUCCGAAAAAUACGAGAGAUACUAUCACAAAUUCUUCUUAGAGGCUAUUAACAUCUAUUUACAAUUGGCUAACUUAGUAACUGAUUUCUUAAAAGAGAAAUAUGAUCAUAUUAUGUCCAACAAUCAAAAAUAUUCGAUAAAUAAAUAUAUUGUUUUUGCAUUAGUUAGAAUGUGGUUGGUUGAAAUGUCUUAUGCAGCAAGAUUCUCAUAUAAAAAGGAAAUGUUAAAACAACAGCGAUUGGCUAACUCCAAUGAUUUUUUCAACGAACAAAGUGAUGAGGAUAUCCAAUUGAAUACAAUUCUUGUAUUUAACAUGUCGCAUAUUAAACAACAAAUGGAAGCUACAGUGAACCUUGCAGUUGAAAAGUUACAGGAUCCUUAUUUUGGCUGUUAUCAAGCAACAUUGAUGGUGAGAUACCUUCUAUAUGUUAUGAAUAAUGCUGGCCUUGCCGAGGUUAUGAAUAACUUUUGGGAUAGAGCAUUUAAUACUACUGAGAUUCCUGAAUAUGUUUUACAAAAAUUGAAUAUGAAAUGGGGGUUAAGUACCAAGGGCACAAAUUUUGUCGCAAAAUACUUAAUGAACCCAGAAUCCUUACAAAAUUUGAACUUACCAUUACUGAAACAGAUUCAAUAUAUGUUUGAUGAAACUACAUUUUACAAGCAUCCUACACAUGAGACAUUUGAGAUUGAUAAUUCUCCACCUGGCUUCGAUAAUGAAGAGAUGUUAAACCAAUUUUUGGAAUCAAACUUUGACUUAUUCCUAGGUGUGAUAAACGACAAUUUGGGCGAACUGCCAUCUUUAUAA